UUUCCAAUCUAACAUUUCUGCAUUUCCAGAAGAGAAACCCUAGCAGAAAAGAAGAAGAAGAAGAAGAAGCCAGCAAUAAUAUCCUCCAAUCUCCACGCAAAUACAGAGAUGAAGAAGAAGAAGAAAUCCAUUGUAAAUACAAAAAAGGCUAAUCCUUUGAAUAAUCAGAUUAGCAAUGGAGAAGAAGGAAAGCUCAAACAGAUUAGAAAUGGAAAAGAAAAGUUCAAUCUUUCGAAGAAGAAAUCAGCACCAAUUUGCAAAGGUUUCUUUCUUUCUUUCUUUGAGCUGCAGUUGCGCUGAUUUUGACGGCACCUCUCUCUGUUCUGCUUGCAGGGAACAGGAGCCGUCAAAUGAUAAUACAGAAGAGCAAAUGGAUGUUGAUCAGAUUAACAAUGGAGUACCCCGAAAGCUCAAUCUUUUCAAUCAGAGGGUAGAAGCGCCGCCCCAAAAGCUCAGCAAUCUUUCGAGAUGCAAAGAGAAGAAGAAAUCAGCACCAAUUUGCACAGGGAAGAGCAUUUCAGAUGAUAGUAAUACACAAGACCAAAUGGAUGUUGAUCAGACUAGCAAUGGAGUCCCCCAAAAGCUCAGUCUUUUCAAACAGAUUAGCAAUGGAGAAGAAGCGCCGCCCCAUAAGUUCAAUCUUUCGAGGUGCCAACAGAAGAAGAAAUCAGUACCAAUUUGCAAAGGUAAGAGCAUUAUGGAGCCGUCAAAUGACCAAAUAGAUGUUGUUGAUCAGGUCAUGGGCAUUCACUUUAAAGAGGACAUAAUGAUGGAGAUCCUCAGCAGGUUACCUGUGCGGUCUCUUCUUCGGUUCAAAUGUGUUUCAAAAUUUUGGGAGGCAUUAAUUGCUGAUCCUUACUUUAAGAUGAAGCAUCACAUUCAUGCCAAGAAUGACCAAAAUUCCCCAAAAAAUUUUAUUUGCCAAACGUGGCUUGUUAAGGACCGUGGCCUUGAAUUCCAUUGUUCUUCUUUAUCCCCGAUUCAAAUGGUUGAGGAUGAACAAAAAGUUGAUUGCCCUUCGAAUUGCAUACCAAUGAAAUGCAAGCCUUAUUGUGGUUAUGAUGGAUUGAUUCUUCUUGUAUCUUUGUAUGAUAGACCCAAUCUACACCUUUUGCUGUGGAACCCCUCCACAAGAGAAUCAAUAGAACUUCCCCAUCCAGAAUCUCCACUGAUAGAUUGUGUAUGGGGAUUGGGAUAUGACGCAACUAGUGAUGACUAUAAGGUCGUUGCAAUUAACCUGAAAGCAUAUGGUCAUCGUGUUGAAAUUCUCUCUCUAAAAAGUGGUUCCUGGAGAAGAAUCGGUAGUUAUCCUACAGGCGUUCAUUGUGUUUCGGGUUUUAAGGAUUGUGGUAUGGAUUAUUUGCCAUUUGUACAUGGAGCAUUUCAUUGGCUCGGUCGGUCACCACAUUAUACUAUCGUUUCAUUUAAUAUUUCAAAUGAGGUGUAUGGAGAGAUACCGUUGUUGGAGCGAUUGCGCAAUAUGUCCAACAAGCUGAUCAUCGACCAUGGUGUUUCAGUAUUGGGAGGAAUGCUUUGCUUGUAUUCGACAUAUAUACAUCACCAUAUGCGCACUUUUGAGUUGUGGGUAAUGAAAGACUAUGGUGUCAAAGAAUCUUGGACUGAAUUAAUUACAAUACGUAAUCCUAAUCUUUUUUAUUCCGCCAGACCAAAACAUCUGUUUGCAGAUGGUGAAGUGCUACUACGCUGCCAACGUACAGGAUCUUGUGGUACUGUGUUCAGGACGACAUCUAGAGGACCAUUUGGAUUAUGGCCUCAUUGUGAUAUCGUUAAGUUUGCAAUUGUUUAUACAGAGAGCUUGAUCUCGCCUAAAUUACUUACCUAGUAUUUGCCUAUGUAUGAUUAUUGGGUUUUUGUUAUGUGAGAGUAUCGUACUGCACAACGUAUCAUUUUGUAGGUCACUUCUACUCUCUGUAAUCUCCUUAACUUGAGAAUUCCUAUGCUUAAUUAUAUGCCUACAGUCUGGAAAGAUGUCAUUGUAUACCGAGGUUGAGGUACACAAAAGUGCAAUGGACUCUCCCUGUUGAUCCUUGGCUAUGUUGUAACAUUUCAGGUGGGAAUUUGUGUUGGGGGAUCUUGUGUUGGUGGAAGUUGGCUGAAUUAUGCAUGGAAAGCUUAGGUAUUAUAAGCCUACUUCACCAUCAUGGCUGAAUUAUGCAUGUGGCUGAAUUAUGCGUGGAAAGCUAAUUGUAAUGUCAUCUUGGAGUACACUAUAAACUCUGAGAUGGUCAAAUGCAAUUUAAUUUUUCUCUGUGUAUCAGCUUUGUUCAAGCUCUCCUAUUCCAUUUAGAUGAUUUUAAAUGAAAUGUGCUUUUUUUUU